UCGCACCAUUGGUCCCGGGAGGAGGCAGAGCAUCGCGGGAGGUGGCCCCCGACUCGAGCUGCACCGCCAUGGGAAACACCACCAGCGACCGGGUGGCCGGGGAGCGCCACGGCGCCAAGGCUGCGCGCGCCGAGGGCGCCGGCGGCCAUGCCCCGGGCAAGGAACAUAAGAUCAUGGUGGGGAGCACCGAUGACCCCAGCGUCUUCAGCCUGCCGGAUUCCAAGCUCCCUGGGGACAAAGAGUUUGUAUCAUGGCAGCAGGAUUUGGAGGACUCCGUAAAGCCCACACAGCAGGCCCGGCCCACUGUUAUCCGCUGGUCUGAAGGAGGCAAGGAGGUCUUCAUCUCUGGGUCCUUCAACAAUUGGAGCACCAAGAUUCCACUGAUUAAGAGCCAUAAUGACUUUGUUGCCAUCCUGGACCUCCCUGAGGGAGAGCACCAGUACAAGUUCUUUGUGGAUGGACAAUGGGUUCAUGAUCCAUCAGAGCCUGUGGUUACCAGUCAGCUUGGCACAAUUAACAAUUUGAUCCAUGUCAAGAAAUCUGAUUUUGAGGUGUUUGAUGCUUUAAAGCUAGAUUCAAUGGAAAGCUCAGAGACAUCUUGUCGAGACCUUUCCAGCUCACCCCCAGGGCCUUAUGGCCAAGAAAUGUAUGUGUUUCGAUCAGAGGAGAGAUUCAAAUCCCCACCCAUCCUGCCUCCUCACCUUCUCCAAGUUAUUCUUAACAAGGACACUAAUAUAUCUUGUGAUCCAGCCUUGCUCCCCGAGCCCAAUCAUGUUAUGCUGAACCAUCUCUAUGCAUUGUCCAUUAAGGACAGUGUGAUGGUCCUUAGCGCAACCCAUCGCUACAAGAAGAAAUAUGUCACUACUCUGCUGUACAAGCCCAUCUGAAGGGAUUCCUUCCGGCCUCCCAGGAUUCAGGAGAAGCAUCUCCCUUGCCUUUCUGGACUAGACCAGUCUUACCUGGGACUGGAAGGCUGAUUUGCUUUGAGGCUAAUAUGUGUGUUUCAGAGCCUCUGAGUAGGAUGCUCUGCUUUUGCAUUUGAUUGCAAAUGAGAGCUUUAGGAGUUCAUGGAAUUUAUUUUAAGAAAAAAUCAUAUACACACACACACACGCACACACACACACGAGACGAAAGUUAAUGGAAGCCUCCUAGCUAGACGUAUUCUCUCUACCUGUGGGAACUCACCAAGAUCUGUUGGGGAGAGCUGCAGGAAGAACCAUUACAGGAAGCUUUUUUCCUAAAGUGAAUGAAGAGCAAACUCUCAGGAUCCUUGUUGGGUGGAGAUUCUAUCACUGCUACCUUGGCUGUCCAAGGGAUGGACUUGUGCCAGAGUGCUGCCCUACUUACAGCUGCCUCCUUGCAGAAGCAGCUUUUCUUGCAUGGGUUCUCUGUGUUCCCAGAGUAUGUGCACAAUCUGUUUUUUAUAUGAUACCAGGUACCCCACAAGAACCCUUUUUCCUCUCAUUUCACAUUCUUGCUUUGUUAACCUCCUUCAGAUCCUCUAUCUGACUCUUGCCUAACACAAAAUUCAGUGGGUAAGUGACCCCUUUCAAAGGCUGUGUGAAGGCUUCCCUGGUGGCGCAGUGGUUGAGAGUCCGCCAGCCAAUGCAGGGGACACGGGUUCGUGCCCCGGUCCGGGAAGAUCCCACGUGCCGCGGAGCGGCUGGGCCCGUGAGCCGUGGCCGCUUAGCCUGCGCGUCCGGAGCCUGUGCUCCGCAAUGGGAGAGGCCACAACAGUGAGAGGCCCGCAUACCACACACAAACAAAGAAACAAAAGGCUGUGUGAGACCUGACCCACCUUACAGACUAGGGCAGCCAGAAAGUCUCCUUUUUAAGCUCAGCACAGGCCCAUGACACUUUGUCACUACUUAUUUUAACUUCUACUGAAGAAAAUAUGGCUCAGCCUUAUAUGAAAGGCAGAAUGCAGGUCUACUUUUUUGUUUUGGUUUGGUGCCACAGUUUAGGCUGUAUUGGCACAUUCCCAUACUUCUUCCCACCUGGUUUGGCCCUGCUUCCAUGUUUUCUUUCACAGAGCAGAUAGCUUUGAAGGUGGGAGUGAAGCCAGAGAAAACUUUCAUGUCUUUCAUCCUUGGAAUAUUUUUAUGUGCCUACAUUUUUCUUUUAUCAGAAAAUGGCUUUUCGGGCUUCGCUGGUGGCACAGCUGUUGAGAGUCUGCCUGCCGACUCAGGGAACACGGGUUCGUGCCCCAGUCUGGGAAGAUCCCACGUGCCGCGGAGCGGCUGGGCCCGUGAACCGUGGCCGCUGAGCCUGCGUGUCCGGAGCCUGUGCUCCGCAAUGGGAGAGGCCACAACAGUGAGAGGCCCGCGUACCGCAAAAAUAAAACAAAAUAAAAUAAAAAUGCCUUUUCAUUGGUCUUAAGAGACUGCAUUUGGAGAACUUCAGGCUUAUGAUAAAUUGCCCCCAAUAUUUUCUUCUCUAGUCUGGCCCCCUACAGUCUUAGAUUAAUAAGGCUGACUCUGUGUACUGUCAUUACAGUAAACAUUGCUCUAGAUACAGACCCAUUCAGGCUCAUUUUAUGCACCUAAAAGUGUCCCUCAACUUAAGGAUUCAAGAGGCAAGAAAUUACCUUUGGUGUUCCCAGCCAUGAAAAGUAUCCCUUUCAUGCACUAAAUGCUAACAGAGUUAUCUUGUUCUUCUGUAUCUUCCAGAAAGUGUUUGUUGAUGAAGUGGGGUCAGUGAUUUCCAUUUGUGGAGUAAAAAGUAUCUAUUCAAUCCACUCUUGAGAUUCAGAGAUAAGAUAUUUUUCCCCAAGUUUCUGUGGCUCUUCCAUUACAGAUAAAUGCAAGCCAAACAUUCAGUACUGAAGGAGGCUAAACUUGUUGCUGGAGAGGCUCCUUGACUGCUAAGAUGAGCCCAGCCCCACUGAAAGGGCACCCACAGGUAAAUUAGCUACCUCCUGUCUUUCCCACGUAAAGCUGAUGAUACAGUUGUCUUCCAGUAUGUAGAACUCUUAGAUCCUGUGUGUGAGGCAGUAGGGUGUGGGAUUGUUGUCUUGCUGGGAAUGUAAAUUGCUAAGUGCUUUGGUGGUUAAUUGCUGAGAGUAAAUACUGCUUUAGCCACUCAAGGCCACCAUCCGCCUCAAAAGGCUUUUGUGGAGAACGUUUUAUGGUUCCAAUCACUUUUAGAAUGGUGUGCAAUUUUAAAAAUCCAGGCCAAAUUCUGUUACUACCAACUCUCAGGAUCUACAUUGUCUUCAGUUAUACUAGAAUUUUGUUUUUUCCAUUACCCAUUAAACAAGUGGGCCACUUAGGAGGAUUUAAAAUCUUGGCUGUCACCUAGAGGAUUUUGUUGUACUCAUAUGUCUUGUCAGCAGUAUUGACAUGUAAUUGUCUCUGUGUUCCUGUAUUAAAGUCUCUAUUCUGCACAGAUAAUUAGAGUGUGGCAGGAAAAGAGAUUCCUUCAGUUUCUCUCAGGCCAGAGGCUUCUGUGAAAUGGGUCUGUCUCCAGUGACAGUAGGUUUUGGUGCUGGUGACCUUCAGAUCCUUCUAAUCUGGAAAUGUGUAGAAAGUGUCACUUUUCCAAAUUCUGAGGUAAUCUUUCAGCCAGAUGUGAAACUGGAGCCUACCAGCUGGUAUGGAAAGGGAUCAGUAAGAGGAAUUGGAUGAUGACUCAUUCAGCCCUGUCCCUCCUCUGUACUGCUGAUUAACAUACCACGGCCUUGAGAAUUCCUAUCAUACUCUCAGUCUGUCCCCUAGAAACUGUUCUAGAAGGUUGCGAGGGAGGGAGGAAGGUAACCAAGAGUACAGUUCACUCAUUCUUUUAUAUUGGUUAAAGGGAUAGUUUAUUUUCUGCAGAAGAAUUUGACAGAUUUUGAAAAUGAAUAAAGGAAAAAAAUUUUUUUAGGGUUUUUUAAAUUUGUUUUGCCUAUAAGAGUUUCACAGUCAAAGAGUAAGAAUGUAAUUCUUAGGGAGGGCUGACUCUUGAACUGUA